CGCGGCCCGCCUCCCGCCGUCCGGCCUCGGCCGCUCCGCGCGCUCCGCGGGCGGCUGCCUCGCGGGACCCCGGGGCGGGGGCGGCCGCCGGGAACGCCUCCCGCAGGCGCCUCCCCCUUAGCUGCCCGAAGCCCGCCUGCGCCGCGGCGCGCGGCCGGAGCCCCCUGGAGGCGAGACCCCUCACCCGCGGCGCGCGGCCCGAGGCCCCCUGAGGCGGAGGCCCCUCGUCCGGGGCGCGCGGGCAGAGCCUCCCCUCAGCCGGGGCGCCCCUGAGCCCGAGCGCCCCUGAGGCGGGGCGUGGGCCGCGCCCUGCGCGCAGCCCCGCGCCCGCGUCCCGCCCGCGCUUCCCGCGGCGGCGGCGGCGGCGGUUUCGCGGGUCGGGUUUAAACUCGGGGCCUCGGCGGAGAGGACCCCACGCGUGUGGCGCUGAAGAUGGCGGCGUCCAGCCGCGCGCAGGUGCUGGACCUGUACCGCGCGAUGCUGCGGGAGAGCAAGCGCUUCGGCGCCUACAACUACCGAACUUACGCUAUCCGGAGGAUAAGAGACGCCUUCAGAGAAAACAAGAAUGUGAAGGAUCCCGCAGAAAUUCAAGCCCUGGUGAAUAAAGCCAGAAGAGACCUGGGCAUAAUCCGUCGGCAGGUCCACAUUGGCCAAAUGUAUUCGACCGACAAGCUUGUCAUUGAGAAUCAAGAGAAGCCCCGGGCCUAGGAGCCGGGACCAGCCUCCAGCAGCAGCGUGGACCACCGGCAGCACCGUCCUGCUUGCCGUGGGGCCCCCAGCAGGCCUCGAGGGGCCUCCGCAUCAGCUUUAAAUAGCCUCACUCUGCCUGCCCUCCAGGAACUGAUGAACUGAGCGAAGGGUCCCCUCUUCUGCGGCUUUGGUGACAGAGGUCGGCUGGUGCUGGCUGUCCUCGGUUCAAGCGUCAGGAUGAAGAGCUAGAGCGCCUCGAGGGAAGGCCGUGUACAAUAGUGUCUCGUCCACCCCACCCCACCCUGUGGCUCCGCAGCACCUGUAUAGAGCAUUUCCAGACGUGUUUCUGGGUCCUUGACAAUAAACGAAAGCGUCUCCCUGGCCUUCUCUACCAGACA